AUGGGCGCGCUGAACAGUAACCUGGUUACCAACUACCACCAAGGCUGGCGGCUGGUAACGGCCAUGUGGUUACACGGCGGCGUGGUGCAUCUCGUGUGUAACCUCCUCGGCAUCGCCUUCCUGCUCAACCGCCUCGAGAAGGAGUUCGGGCUGUGUUCGUGCGUGGUGUGGUGUGGUAAUUGGGUGGGGAAGGGAGGGGGAGGGGGAAGCGGGGGGAAGGGGGGGGGAGAGGGGGGCCUGGACGGGUGCGAAUCAACGGGCGAGGAGGGGAUUGAGGGGAAAUUUAUGGGGGGAGGGCUUGGUGCGCACGUAGGGCGACCGACGGCCAUCUACCUUCUCAGUGGGUUCUUUGCUGCCGUCUUCUCAUGCCUCUUUCUCGACACACAGAUCAGCGUGGGUGCAUCUGGAGCGUUGUUUGGGCUGGUGGGUGCGUGCCUGUCGGAACUGCUGAUCAAAUGGAAGCUCUAUGACAACAGGGUAUGGCAUUGGGUGCUUGCUUUCUUUGAUGAGUAG